ACGCAGGACAGGACUUUCAGUUUUCGUUAAAAAUGUCUGAAGAGAAAGGAAAGGAGAGAGAGGAGGCAUGUGGUGCAGUGGCGAAAAAAGCGAGACGGAAACAGAAAUAUAGGCCCGAGUGGGACAAACAGUUUCCGUGGGUGGGGCCUGCAAAGAAGGAUGCUUGUAAGGCCAUGUGCCUUAUUUGCAGUGUUGAAAUAACCGCCCAGCUCACAACUCUCAAGUUGCACGAAAACACUGCAAAGCACAAGAAAAUGUGUGCGCCAUCCUCAUCCAAAAUAUUUAUGGAGUCAUUUACAAGUGCACGUGGUGAUAAUGAAACUAGUAAAAGUGAUUCUGUUAAGGCUGCUGAAAUAAGGCUUACUGCAUUUAUGGUGGAACACAAUAUAAGUUUCCGUGUGGCCGAUCAUCUGUGUGAAGUCCUGAAAGGUUGCUUCUCUGACUCCGCUAUUGCAAAGGAAUUGAAAAUGAAAAGAACAAAAUGUCAAAGAGUGUGUGGUAAUGUUAUGGCACACUCUCACAAACAAGAGCUCAUUAACAUCUUGAAGCAGAACAAGUUGAGCAUUCUUGUGGAUGAAUCCACAGAUAUAUCGGUCUGUCAGAAUUUAUGCAUCAUGCAACUGGACGAUGAGUGGAAGAGGCUUGCCGUAGAAGAUCUGCCUGAAUCCAUUACCAACAUGGCGAAAAAGUGGACAAAAGCAAUUACAACCAGCCUGAUAAAUUUUGGUGUGCCAUAAAAACUCUGGAGGAUAGUGAUGGAAACCCCAAGUUUAAGCUUGUUUCAGACUUUUCACUAGGAUGUCUUUCUUUGCCUCAUGCUAAUGCUGACUGUGAGCGCUGCUUCUCUAGUGUAAACCGUGUGAAAACAAAAGACAGAAAUAAGCUAAUAACAGAAACCGUAAGAGACAUCAUCCUAGCGAAGCAGUGUGUUGCUUCCACAUCCAGCAGUGACUGUACGACCUUCAAGCCAUCAAUCAAAGUCAAUGAUAAAAAACAUGACAUCAAGCAUGCUAUAUUCCUCCAAUGAAAAGAGUGCCGGGGCUGCUGACAACGUGCCGGAUGUAUAUAUAGAAGAACAAGACCAGUAAUCUACAUAGCACUUGCUGUGAGAGAGAGGGGAGACCUGUGCACCGCUGUGCUGCACUGUGCUUAGAUGUCCCUGGUUCACUCCUGAGGCUGUACCAUUCUUGCCCCUAUUACCAAGCCAGCAUCCAGGCCGCCGCCCUGCCUGGCACUGACGGCUGUCUGGCCUCCCCGAGGGACCCUGCAGGACUGGACGCGGCGUGUGCUGGCGGGAGUGGUGCUGCGGUGGAGGUCGUGAGGCCGGGCAACAGCAUGAGCGGCCGGCGGCGGCGGCAACAGCGGCAGCAGCAUCAGCAAGCCUCAGGUGUGGGGAGGCGCAGGUGUGGUGGCAAGAAUCACCUGGAGGCAGGCAGCUCUGUCCACAGAGGAGAGAGCAAGUUUGAGUGCCAGCAGUGUGACAAAACUUUUGUAUCCAGACAAGGCCUUAAGUACCACACCCUGACACACAGUGGUGUUAGAAAUUAUGAGUGUGGUGAGUGUGGGAAGAAAUUUACCCAAAAGUCUUCCCUCACCAGACACACCCUGACACACAGUGGUGUUAGAAAUUAUGAGUGUGAUGAGUGUGGCAAGAAAUUUAUCCACAAGUCUUCCCUCACCACACACAUCCUGACACACAGUGGUGUUAGAAAUUAUGAGUGUGAUAAGUGUGGGAAGAAAUUUACCCAAAAGUGUCACCUCAUCUCACACACGCUGACACACAGUGGUGUUAGAAAUUAUGAGUGUGGUGAGUGUGGGAAGAAAUUUACCCACAAGUCUUCCCUCACCACACACACCCUGACACACAGUGGUGUUAGAAAUUAUGAGUGUGGUGAGUGUGGGAAGAAAUUUACCCUCAAGUCUUACCUCACCGUACACACCCUCACACACAGUGGUGUUAAAAAUUAUGAGUGUGGUGAGUGUGGGAAGAAAUUUACCCAAAAAUCUUCCCUCACCACACACACCCUGACACACAGUGGUGUUAAAAAUUAUGAGUGUGGUGAGUGUGGGAAGAAAUUUCCCCAAAAGUCUUCCCUCACCACACACACCCUGACACACAGUGGUGUUAAAAAUUAUGAGUGUGAUGAGUGUGGGAAGAAAUUUACCCACAAGUCUUCCUUCAACACACACACCCUGACACACAGUGGUGUUAGAAAUUAUGAGUGUGAUGAGUGUGGGAAGAAAUUUAUCUGGAAGUCUUCCCUCAACACACACACCCUGACACACAGUGAUGUUAAAAAUUAUGAGUGUGAUGAGUGUGGGAAGAAAUUUACCCACAAGUCUAACCUUACCACACACACCCUGAUACACAGUGCUGUUAGAAAUUAUGAGUGUGAUGAGUGUGGCAAAAGAUUUCCUACCAUUUCUCGUCUCAAUGAACACGCCUUCAGACACACUGGGGUGAGGGAGUUCGAGUGUGAUGUUUGUGGCAAGUGUUUCAAGACAAAGGCUGAUAUUGCCAGGCACGUGAAGAUCCACUUCUGAGGUGGUGGUGUGUGGACACAUGGGGCCACACCUGUACCUGUGGUGGUGGUGGUGGUGGUGGUGGUGGUGGUGGUGGUGGUGGUGGUGGUGGUGGUGGUGGUGAUGAUGCCAAGUGAGACAUUCAAAGGAGGGCGUGCACGUGCAUGGUGGUGAGCAGGUGAUGAUUGGAGAGGCACAGAACGUUCAUGAUGGAGGAGGAGGAGGAGCAGGAGUCUUUGUGUAUAGGAAGGAGAGGAAUGUAAGAGGAGAAAAGAUAGAUGUAGGCAGCUCUGUCAUGAGAGAAGGCGGCAGAGUGCACAGGCCACCCUAGAAUGUCGUGAAAGGCUUGCGGUGGUCGUGGUGUGCGUGAAGGGGGAGGGUGAGAGGGCAGGCGAGACAACACCAAGAGUUAACCAGUGUUCUCGUUCAUUCUUUCCUUUCUCAGGUAAACUGUGGAACUCCCUGCCUGCUUCUGCAUUUCUUCCUUCCAAUGGCUUCAAGUCUUUCAACGAGGGGGGGGCUCAAGACAUCGUUUUAUUUAUCUAUUUUUAUUAUUCUCAUUUUAUUUGGCUCCUCUACAGGAACUGGCAUUAAGUUGGCUUUUUUAUUCAAUUUUUUUGUUGUGCUUUUCCAACAGCCCUCUUACAUAAAAGAAAAUAACUAAAUAAUAAUAAGAAAAGCCAGUGUCACGGGGUGGCAAAACCACGCUGCCUGGAGACAAUGUGCAUGGCGUGCCAGCUGUAGCAAUGGAAGGAGUAUUGAGGCAGUGAAGGAGUCCCUGGAGACAAUGUGCAUGGUGUGCCAGCUGUAUCAAUGGAAGGAGUAUUGAGGCAGUGAAGGAGUCCCUGGAGACAAUGUGCAUGGUGUGCCAGCUGUACCAAUGGAAGGAGUAUUGAGGCAGUGAAGGAGUCCCUGGAGACAAUGUGCAUGGCAUGCCAGGUGUACCAAUGGAAGGAGUAUUGAGGCAGUGAAGGAGUCCCUGGAGACAAUGUGCAUGGCGUGCCAGCUGUACCAAUGGAAGGAGUAUUGAGGCAGUGAAGGAGUCCCUGGAGACAAUGUGCAUGGCGUGCCAGGUGUACCAAUGGAAGGAGUAUUGAGGCAGUGAAGGAGUCCCUGGAGACAAUGUGCAUGGCAUGCCAGCUGUACCAAUGGAAGGAUUUCAGCUGGAAAGAAAUUGCAAAAUAUAUAUAUUUUUCAUUGGAAACUUCGUUGUAGCUGCUUAUAAAGACCUGACGCAUUGUUUCUGGUGCUCCUGUGUCGUGUCACAGGGAAGGGGACAGGCUGGUUAGUCAGACUUAACCCUCCCUGUGUGAAUGCAUGUUGCUUCUCGCCAAACACUUUCCUGGCAGGUUGGUCAGACUUAACCCUCCCUGUGUGAAUGCAUGUUGCUUCUCGCCAAACGCUUUCCUGGCCUGUAAAUCUGUCAGUGUUGCAUCCCUGACCACUUCCCCCAUGGUUUGUGAUGUGCUUGUAAGACUUGGUGGGCACCGUCACUCUGGCUCGUCUUUUGGCUUUCACUUCGCCUUUUUCUCGUUUAUUUGCAUGAAUAUGAGCAUUGUGUAUAUAAUUGCUUGUAUUAAUGAGACAAAAAAGGAAUUAGCAUUGUAUUUUCGUUGAUAAUUUUACAGUAAUGUAUGCAAGUAAAUAAACAAAAUGAAUACAUACAUAAUAAAAAAAAAAAAACUCCAGCCACAUCAAAAUUAAACCUCUGGAAAUAUCCUCCAUAAUUUAGAGACACAAAUAACAAAUAAAACACUGAACAUGUCAUCCAAAGUAAAUAAAUAAAGUGGACAGAGUACGAGCAGUGUUGCCAAUCGUACGAUAAUUAUUGUACAAGUACAAAAAUUUUUGCCCGUGUACGAUGUGCAAUUGUACUCAUACGAUAAUACGAUAAUUUGGGAAUUCGUACGAUAUUUUUAUGAAAUAUACAAUAAUUUGAGUGAAAAUUAAUGUUAUUAAUAUCAGGUAAUGCAAAAUUUCUUAUAUAAAUUUGAAUAGCAAAAUAAAAACCUGAAAGUG